GUGAUGAAGCUGUUUAAAAUAUAAACAAACAAUGUUCGAUUAACUAAAUAAUGUUGUUACGCCAUAUUGGACAGUAUAUUUUGACAUUUUUGACAAUCGUGUCAAAACAGUUUCCUGUAGUCGAUUUAUUUUUUUUAUGAAAAAGCAAAAGUUUAUAAAAUAACUUUGGUAAUUUAGGCUUUACAUUCUUUUUUCAAUAAAAUCCUGUGUGCAUUUGCAAAUUGUAAUAAAAUCGAACCAACAGUUGUCAUUCAGUGUUACCAAUCUGCUGAUAGGAGUUAGGUUAAAUUGUCAGUAUAAUUUUUUAAUUAAAAUUGAGAUUGUUAUCAGUCACAAAUUAGUUAUUUUAUCUACUUCCUUCGAUAAUGAUAAGUUUGUAAAUCCCCAUUUUUAUUAUAAAAUUUAAAAAAAGAAAUGGAUUAUUUAACGGAGGGCAUAGCCCUGGGUGUAGAUCUCGUGAUCUUGGCGGCAUGUAUCAAGCAAUACUACAAAAACAAGAAUGCCAUGGCUAUGAUCCAGGGGGCUCCAUAUCUCGCAAUUAAUAAAGAUUUAAAAGAAAUUGUUGAAACCCAUCCAGAGAAAAAAUUGUCAUACGUAUCCAUAAGAGGAACUGUUAAACCACUUGGUAGGCCUAUUGUCAGCAGUAAUAAUCCAAAUGUAACUGGUGUUGUGCAAUUAUUAAGAAUUAAAGAACAUGUAAUACAGAGAAGUACAACAGGUUUUUGGUCAGACUCUGAACGCGUUGUGCAGGAAGUCCACAAUGUUAUGCCCUUUUCAAUUGGCAAUAAGGGGGUUCAUGUCGAAGUUGCAGACCCGUUAGCAGCUGAUGUCUUAGAUAUGGAUACAAUAUCGGACGUAUUUAAUCCAACUGUACCAAGUGUGAUGGACCACAUUUGGGGCUUCUUUGCGGGGAUAAGGCAAAGAGGAGUUCAGUCAACAGAAAAAAUGUUAAGGGAGGGAACCACUAUUACAGGGAUUGGGGAAUUGGUUUAUUCACAAGAUUCUAAUAUGUUGCGGCUGCAGCCUCCGUCGAAUGGUGCACCAUUUUAUUUAACAAAUAUGCAAGUUACGUCGCUUGUUAAAAAGUUAGAUGGGUCCAAAAGAAAUUAUAAAUUAUUGUGUAUGUUAUUUGGUACAAUUGGUUUAGUAAUUGGGGGUUUAAUAAUUCGCAAAUAUUUGCGUCAUAAAGACAGAAAAUUGGAGGAAAGUAAGAGAAAACAACAAUUAGAAGAAUCAAGACGAAAAAGAAGAAGACAAAUGCGUGAUCAAAAUUUACCAGAAAACCAAAUUUGUGUCGUUUGUAAAAAUAAUCCAAUUGAGAUUAUUUUACUUCCUUGCGGCCACGUAUGUUUAUGUGAGGAUUGCUCACUUGAUAUCUCUGCCAACUGUCCUGUUUGCAGGGCUUCAAUAGAGAAAAAAUCAGUAGCCUAUGUUGCGUAACAUCGAGAAAAGUUAUUUAUUGUUACAUAAGCAACUCUGCGUUUUACAACACGGACUGUUUUCUUGUA